UUUAAACCAGAACAAUGGCUGACGUCUAUUGGCUGUUUGGUAAAAACAUUACUUCAUGUAUAAUUAAUAUUUUUCGAAUGCCACGUAGUACCAGUAAUAAUGUAUUCUGUCAAUACUGCAUUCCAUUACAGCCACAGUGAAUCAUAAUGUAUAACAUAUACUAAUAUGCUGACUGCACUCACACAUCUCUGUGUUGUAAUGUUUUUCUUUUCCUUCUCUCAGUCCUGCUCAACAGUUGCUCCCCAUAAUCCCCUCCUUCACUCUUUUCUUUCAUUUAGUCUUAACGAUCAUUACAAAGUUGCCAAGUGUUUAAAAUACAUUUUAACAUAUCCUGAAAACGCGUCACUGUCUUCGCUCUUGGAUCUAUUAUUAGGAUUUAUUAUUUAGACCUCCAUUGCUGAAAAAAAUGAGACUCUGAGGUGUGUCCCUGUUUGUAUUUCAGUUGUGGCCACUGAAGCUCAUUUGCUUAGUGUUCUGCUCUGUUUGCCUCACCUGGCCACUGCUAGCCCCUCCCUGACUGUGGCCCCACCCUGUCUUCACAUCACCUGCAUUUGCUAUAAAUGGGAGCAAACAAAGACACAUCUGGAUUCUAAAAGGUCCAACCCUAAAGGAGACAAUCCGGCUGCAACGUCCAGAGAGUCUUUACUGCACCAGGUGAGGAUGACUUCCACAGCAGACCGACUGGCCCAUCAGCAGGCCAAGGAGCACGGCAUUGGCACCAACAAGAGUGCAGUGAAGUUUAAGGAACAGGACUACGAAGCUUUGAGACAGCAGUGUCUGGAGAGAGGACGUCUCUUUGAGGACAACUACUUCCCGGCUGAGCCCAGGUCUCUGGGCUACAAUGACUUGGGGCCUUACUCUCCCAACACCAGAGGACUGGUCUGGAAGAGGCCAACGGAGCUGUGUUCCAGCCCUAAGUUCAUCGAUAAUGGAGCCACGAGAACAGACAUUUGCCAGGGAGUUCUGGGUGACUGCUGGCUUCUGGCUGCAAUAGCGUCUCUGACCCUGGAUAACCAAAUUCUGGCUCGUGUGGUUCCUCCUGGACAGAGCUUCACUGAAAACUAUGCUGGAAUAUUCCACUUUCAGUUCUGGCAGUUUGGUGACUGGGUGGAUGUGGUGGUGGAUGACCGGUUGCCCACCAGAGAUGGAAAGCUGCUCUUUGUUCACUCAGCCGAGGGCUCUGAGUUUUGGAGCGCUCUACUUGAGAAGGCCUAUGCAAAACUGCAUGGCUGCUAUGAAGCCCUGUCAGGUGGGAACACCAUCGAGGGUUUUGAAGAUUUUACAGGCGGCAUCUCAGAGAUAUACACCUUAAAUAAAGCUCCACCAAAUCUCUUUCAAAUUAUGCAGAAGGCCCUGAAACUUGGGUCACUCAUGGGCUGCUCCAUUGACAUAAGCAGUGCUUAUGAGACGGAGGCAGUCACUUCUCUUAAACUGGUGAAAGGACAUGCAUACUCAGUUACUGGUGCACAAGAGGUGAACUACAGAGGUAGAACGGUUCAGCUUGUUCGUGUCAGGAACCCUUGGGGUCAAGUUGAGUGGACAGGGCCUUGGAGUGAUGGAUCCAGGGAAUGGAACUACAUCAGCAAAGAUGAGAAAUCAAACUUGAACCACGUGGCAGAAGAUGGAGAGUUCUGGAUGUCCUACUCAGACUUCAUCAGGCAUUUCUCCAAGCUGGAGAUUUGUAACUUGACCCCGGAUACACUGACUAGUGAUCAGGUGGGACAUUGGAACAAUUACCAGUUUGAAGGAAUGUGGAGGGUCGGCUCCACCGCUGGAGGCUGCCGCAACCACACGGCCACAUUCUCAUCCAACCCUCAGUUUGUUGUACGUCUGGAGGAUGUGGACGAUGACCCUCUGGACGGGAAGGAUGGAUGCACAUUCCUGGUGGGGCUGAUGCAGAAGGACGCACGGAAAAAGAAGCAGCUUCGCCAAGACCUGGAAACCAUCGGCUUUGCCAUAUAUAAGGUCCCAGAUGAGUACAAAGGGUGCAGCAAUGUCCAUCUGGGCCCAGAUGUUCUUCUACGCCAAAGAGCAGUGGCCAUGAGCAGCACCUUCAUCAACAUGCGUGAAGUGUGUGACCGUUUCCGACUUCCUCCGGGGGAAUACGCCAUCGUGCCAUCAACCUUUGACCCCCACAAGAAUGGCAGCUUCAUUCUCAGGGUGUUCUCAGAGAAACAGGCUGGUACCAGUCCACUGGAGGAAGAUAUUGAUGCUAAAGUAGAAGACGAAGAAAUAUCUGAGAGUGACGUGGAUCCUCAUUUCAAACGGCUCUUCAAGCAGAUCGCGGGCAAUGACAUGGAGGUCUCUGUCUUUGAGCUGGUCAGAAUUUUGAACAACGUCAUGUCCCACCGCUCUGAUAUCAAGACAGACGGUUUCAGCCUAGAAACGGCCCGGCUUAUUGUCAGCCUUAUGGAUAAAGACGAAAGUUCCAUGUUGGGACUGAUGGAAUUCCAUCUGCUUUGGCACAAAAUCCAAAAAUACCUGGAGAUCUUCAAGCAUCACGACACGGACAACUCUGGUACCAUGAGCUCACAUGAGAUGAGAGCAGCUGCAACAGAAGCAGGUUUUCAUGUGAACAGCGCUGUGCUGCAGGCCAUCGUCAGCCGUUACGCUGACGCUCAGUACGCUAUAGAUUUUGACAGUUUUGUAGGCUGUCUCAUCAAACUGGAAAUGCUGUUCAAGAUGUUUAAGGCUCUGGAAAGACAUGACUCAGGGAAGAUUGAGCUGGAUAUGCAGCAGUGGCUGUGCCUAGCCAUCUACUAGCUCUGGAAGCACCUGGUUAUCACGACAGAAAGACGAAGACUAUGGACAGUUAGUAAAUGAGUAUAUGAAGCACUUUUAGUAGAAGUUGCAUGAUUGA